CUUAGAUACCUCACAUCACACUGUUGCUAAAAUACACACACAGCAGUUAGUUUCCAACUGUUAAAGAGAGAAGGCUGAAGAGAGCAGAAGAGGGAUACAAUGUGAGCAGUCAGUCCAGUCAGCAGGAUCAUCAUGUCCAUCAGUGUGAAUCUGAGGAAGAUCUCCAACCUUCCCGGACGAUCUGACAGAAAGGUGGAACUCUGCUUCAGAGGUUUCACCCAUAAAACCAGAGUCCUGCAGUGUGAGAACUUGGCCAUCUUCAAUGAGCAUUUCCGUUGGCCUCACUAUGGUAAAGUAAUCACAGAUGAAGUUUUAUCGAUCAGUGUUUACAACUGCAGUAAGGUCUUCUCUAACAGACUGCUUGGUAAGCUGGUCAUCAGUCUCCAACAUGUUGUUACCACGGGGAGGCUGUUGCUGCGGGAACCGCUCGCUGAUGCCAACUACAGCCCGACUGAUAUCUAUAUUGAGUUGGAUAUUCGGUAUCAUCCAGUUGAGGGAGCAGCAGGAAGCUGGGAAGGACUCGACUUCCUGAAAGUCGAAGACACAGAUGAAUCAGCUCUGGUCAUCAGGAAUAAUGGAUUUAAUGACCCUGAAAGUCAGCUGACUGUUGCUCGUCCAGGUCAGUUGGAGAGAGAGACUCGGCGUCUGGGGCGGAGCUUGGUCCGGACUGAGGAUGAAGAUGAUGAUGAUGAUUUUGAUGAUGACCUGAUGGACUUGGAGGCUUCCGACAUCAUCUUCACUCGUCUACUGAGUCGUUGCAGGCCGAUGUCCAGAAAUGUUUCUACAGCAAUGCCCAGAGUCCAGAGCUUUCAGGUGAAUGUGAACAUCCUGGAGGCUCAGAAGCUGGUUGGAGUAAACAUCAGCCCUGCAGUUUUCAUCAGAGUGGGAGAUCAGAAAAAACACACUGCAACGCAGAAAUCCACCAACUGCCCCUUCUACAAUGAGAACUUCCAGUUUGAGUUUCAAGAGACUCCACAAAUCCUCUUUGAUAAAGUCAUAGAGAUAAAGGUGUUCCACAGGCGGACUCUGGCCUUCCUGAUGACCCACAUUGGAACCUUUAAGAUUGAUAUCUCCACCGUCUACAACCAGCCAGACCACCGCUUCUACCAGAAGUGGGCUCCUCUCACCGACCCGGCAGACACCAGGUCAGGGGUCAAAGGUUACGUCAAAGCCAGCCUCAGUCUGCUGAUGAAGGGGGACGCUCUGAGCAUGGCCAGUCUUCCCCCACCCUCCUCAUCCGGAGCUAAUGAAGACAUAGAAAAGAACUUGCUGCUUCCUCGUGGUAUGGCUUCUGAACGUCCGUGGGCUCGGUUCCGUGUCCGGAUCUACAGGGCCGAGGGUCUGCCCACCAUGGAUGCAGGGCUGAUGGCCAAGAUGUCAAAGGCCACUGACCGGACGGUCUUUAUUGAUCCCUACGUACAGGUGACCUUCGCUGGACAACAGGGGGAGACGUCGGUCGCCAGUGCCACCAGCUAUCCAGUUUGGAAUGAGGAAAUCUCAUUCAUUGAGCAGUUUCCUCCUCUGGCUCAGCGAAUCAGAGUCCAGGUCCUCGAUGACGCCAAGAUGGGAGAUAUCGCCCUGGCAACGCACUUCCUGGACCUGCAGCAGAUUUCAGACCCCACCAGGAACGGCUUUAACCCCACCUUUGGUCCAUGUUGGGUGAACCUGUAUGGUUCUCCACAGAACUCCACCCUUGGAGACAUCCACCAGGCUUUGAACCAGGGUCUGGGUGAAGGAAUCUUCUACCGUGGUCGAAUACUCCUCGCUCUCUGUGUGGAGGUAUACUCCUCGCCUGCUGCUGUCGUCCCGGAUACAGGUUCCUCCCCCUUGGGAAAGGUGAAGGGAGCACUGGGGAAGCUGGGACUAAAGAAGAAGAGGAGCAGUAAAAAAGACAAGAAGAAGGAAGUUUCUGUGGCUACCAGUGGAUUGGUUGACGAGUCAGGGGAGGCGGGAGUUGAGGUACCAGAGGCCGUUACCGUAGAGAUUGAGGAGAUCCACCCACUCCCUGAGGGUUUCCAGGGACAACGGGAAGACUUUCUGUUGUUUGCAUCUCUGUUUGAGGUCACUAUGAUGGACCCAUCUGUAGGAACCAGACCGUUGACCUUUGAACUCUCCAUAGGAAAUUAUGGGAAGGCAGUGGGGGUUAGGAGAUCCAAGAAGAGCCAGAGCAAGGAGGAGCUGAGGAGCAGCAGGGAGGAUCUAAAUGAAGAGGUGCAGGGUCUGCUGGAGAGAGAGGAGGAGCUGGACAAAGAGGAGGUGCUGAGUCCUGAACCUGAGAUACGAUCUGUGUCUGCUGCCAUGAGACCCCAGCCCACCGAGUACAACAGGUCUUUCCAGUGUCUUCCUCUCCAGCCUCCCUCCGAGAAACAGAAGCCAUGUCUAUUUGUCUGGAGUCAGUUUGAAGAUCAAAACUUUCGUCUCUAUCAGGCAAACUGGCUCAGCAAAACGGCCGAUAGGCUGGAGAUUGGUCUUGAUGAGGUGGAACAUCUAUUGAGAAGGCCGAGGAGUAACGCAAAGGAGCGUUUGGAGGAGGUGCUGCUAGAGCUGGUGGCCUUCUGCAAACAGUUUAGUGGUUUUGCAGACAGGAGGUCUCAGUUUCGCCCCAAUAACCUUGACAGAUGCAGGAAGGAGUUUAUCAAGAAGAAUUUGGUCUUACUGGCCAGACAGGCAGUAAGGGCCAGGCGGAGGAUCACCAGGCGGACGGUCAAACAGAAGUUAAUGGAUACCAGGAAACUCCUGCGGAAACUCCGGAUGCUGGCUAAGGAGCCUCAGACUACCAUCCCAGACGCAUUUUUGUGGUUACUAAGUGGAAGCAAGCGAUUGGCUUACGUCAGGAUCCCCUCCUAUUCCAUCCUCUUCUCAUUGGUGGAGGAGCAGAGGGGGCGGGACUGUGGCAGAGUCACCACCCUCUACAUGAAGUCUCCCGGAGGUUCAGCAAGUGAGAUCUUUGCAAAGCUUGAGGUCUACCUGUGGCUCGGUCUGGCCAAAUACAGUAAAGAAGUCAUCACCUGCUUGCCAGAAGAGUUUCUGCCAGUCUAUGAGGAAGAGGAGGAGCAGAGGAGGCUGGUCCCUGUUGGGAAGAGGAAACUUCCUGUCAGUCUGUCCUGCCAGGACAGCAGGUACUUCCAGCUACGAUGUCACCUGUACCAGGGGCGUGGCCUGAUGGCAGCAGAUGAUAACGGCCUAUCAGAUCCUUUUGCUAAGGUUGUCUUCUCUACACAGUGCCAAGUCACCAGGGUGUUGCCUGAGACACUCUCUCCAGCCUGGUGUGAGUGUUUGUUGUUUGACAGGGUUCUGCUGGAGGGAACAAAGGAGGAGCUCCAACAAGACCCGCCCCUCAUCACCAUUAACAUCUACGACCACAAUGCCAUGGGCAGUGUGAAGUCUCUGGGUCGGGCGUUUGCAGAGCCGGAGUUUAAAUCUGUGGAACAGUACUACCAGAAGCCCCGCCUCCGUUUCUAUGACAUCAGCAUGGGCAGGGCCCCCGCCGGCGAGCUGCUGGCUGCCUUCGAGCUCAUCGAGCUGGACUACUCUGGGUUUGGAGAGCCCUGUCUCCCAGGCAGUGUGGAGCCUCAGGAGCUAACCUACCUGGAGGAGCAGAGAUGUUACAUCAUCCCUGAGGGAGUCCGACCGGUUCUGAAGACCUUUAGGAUCGAGGUGCUGUUCUGGGUGCGGGAGCUGAAGCGGGUGCAGCUGUUGAGUGGAGCGCCCCCUGGUGAGGGUGGAGUGUCAGGAAGACAGCUGGAGUCUGAAGAAAUUGAGAGCUACAGCACUCAUCUAACUUCAAAACUGGUCCGCUAUAUGGACGUGUCAGUCAAAGAGUUGCCAGAGCAGGCCUACCUCCACCCUCCUCUGACGUUGUUCGUGGUGGAGCAUCGGGCGUUUGGUCUUCAGAACCGGUCGGACUCCCUCAGGGAUGUUAACAUCUCUGCUCCUCCAGUGAGGCAGAAUACGAAAAAGAUCAACCCUCUGAUGUCAGUAGAGCGUAUCGGACUCAGCGGCCUGUCAAUUAAACAGUCCAAGAUUCCCUUUAAUCCCAUCAACCUGGUUAAUGAUCCUCUGAAGAAACUGAAGAAGAAGGGUGAGGGGCUAGAAGAGGAGCCACCAGAAUUGGAGGAGUUGGAUUGGUGGUCCAAAUACUACGCUUCACUAGAGGAAAUGGAGAGACAGGCUGCUAAGGAGGAGGAGGAAGCAAUGAAGGAGGAACAAGCAGAGAUGGAUGGAGGGAAUCUGAGCAUGGCGAACAUCGAAGAGGAGGAGGACGAGGAGGAAAUCGUGGUGGUUGAGAUUAAGCCUCCCAGACGCAAGAACAUUUCCACACUAAAGCUGUAUAAAGGGGAUCUGGAGUCAGAGUUCAGUCAGUUUCAGGACUGGCUGCACAUCUUCCCACUGUAUAAAGGCAGAGUUGACAUUGAGGAGGAAGAGGAGGAUGAAGAGGAGAGGCUGAUGGGAAAAUACAAGGGCUCCUUCCUGGUUUAUCCGAUUGAUUCAGGAGAUGAGGAAGACACCUCAUGUCAGAUCACCAAUGGAAUCCCCAAAAACUCACCUAUCAAAGUCUUGGUCCGAGUCUACAUUGUCAAGGCCACCACUCUGGCUCCCACAGACCCGAAUGGUAAAGCCGACCCGUAUCUGGUGGUCCGAGCUGGACAGCAGUCUCUGGACACUAAAGAUCGAUACAUCCCCAAACAGCUCAACCCUACGUUUGGAGAGGUGUUUGAAUUCACAGUGUCUUUCCCGCUGGAGACAGAGUUGGUUAUCUCUGUGAUGGACCACGAUCUUAUAGGGUCUGAUGACUUCAUCGGUGAGACGCGAGUUGACCUGGAGAACCGGUUCUACAGCCACCACAGAGCCUCCUGCGGUCUGGCUCUUUACUAUGACACUGAAGGCUACAAUAUGUGGCGUGAUGCAAAGAAGCCGUCUGCCAUUUUGUCUGAGCUCUGCAGGAAGAACAGCAUUCAGUCUCCAGAGUACAGAACAUCUGAGGUCAAAGUCCUUAACAAAAUCUUCAAGAUCCCACCUGACGCAGUACCUGAAGGUCUUCUGAAGAAGAACCAGCGGUCUCCAGAGGAAGAGGCAGAGAUGGAGGAGCACGCAGCCCUGAGCGUGCUGCAGCGCUGGGGGGAGAUGAAUGAGUUCCUCCCUGGAGCCAUUCCACUGGUCCCAGAGCAUGUGGAGAUCCGGUCCCUGCUCAACCAGGACAAACCUGGACUGCCACAGGGUUUCCUUCAUAUGUGGGUGGACAUGUUUCCUAAUGAUGUCCCGGCUCCGCCCCCCGUUAACAUCAAGCCCCGCCUGCCUGAACAGUACGAGCUGCGAGUGAUCAUCUGGAACACCGAUGAUGUGUUCCUGGACGAUGUCAACAUUUUCACCGGAGAGCCGUCCUCUGACAUCUACGUGAAAGGGUUAGAGGCGGAUAAAGGGAUUGGAGGAGAAAAACAGGAGACUGAGUUCCACUUCAACUCUCUGACUGGAGAAGGAAACUUCAACUGGAGAUUUGUGUUCCGCUUCGACUACCUUCCUACUGAGAAAGAGGUGGUCUACAAGAAGAAGGAGUCCUUCUUCUCUCUGGAGGAGUCAGAGUUUCGACAGCCGGCUGUUCUGACGCUGCAGGUCUGGGACUAUGACCGCAUCGCUGCCAAUGACUUCCUGGGCUCCAUUGAGUUACGGCUCAACGACAUGGUGCGAGCGGCAAAGUCAUCCGGUAAGUGUACAAUUGAGAUGGCGAAGGAUCGGGCCAGCCCACGAUUUUCCCUUUUUCGCGCCAAGAAGAUGAAGGGCUGGUGGCCACUGACUCGCCCAAAAAAAGCCAAGGAUUUCAGAGGGGAGGAGAGGAGAGGAAGAGGCCAGAAGAAAGGAAAGAAGAGAAGAAGAAAAAGAGAGGACAAGAGGAGCAUAUGAACACAGGCGGAAAUCCAAUACACCGACAGCAUGGGCAACACUUUCCUGCUAAUGGGGAAGGUGGAGGCGGAGCUGCAGCUGGUGGCGUUAGAGCAGGCGGAGGCCAACCCUGUGGGGCGCGCCCGCAAGGAGCCAGAGCCUUUGGACAAACCAAAUCGUCCCACCACCAGCUUCACCUGGUUCGUCAACCCGUUAAAGUCCUUCAUCUUCAUCAUCUGGAAGAAGUUCAAGAAGUACAUCAUCGCUCUGGUCAUCCUCGCCAUCCUCACGCUCUUCCUCGGCCUCAUCGUCUACACGCUGCCGGGGCAAAUCUCCUCCCUCAUCAUCAAAGGAUAAAGAAUCCUGCUGGGAGUCUUCAUUCUUUCCUCCUGGAUGUCACAGACUGUCUCAGGUUUCUGAUCCGGAACGACUGACUGAAGUCAUAUUUACUACUUAGACAGAUCAAUAAAACAAACGAUUUAAUAUGUUUACACCCAUUCCUCUACUUUAACCAGAAUCCUCAUUUAUAUAUCAACACAUCCUGGGUCAUGGGAGCAAUAAUCAGAGAUUUUGUUUUACUGCCAGAUUUAUCGGUCACCAGAGGAAAUUACUGGACACCUAUUACUGCAUAUUUAAGUCCCAUAUUUAUAUUAUUAUGUAAAUUAUAGAUUGUUUGGCUCUGAAACUGUCAGAUGUGUAGACGAGCACAGAUCUGACAACACCACCAACUCUGUUGUAUAAAAGUCUAAUUUUGUUGAUUAAAUAUAGCUGUGGUUGCACAUUUUCUAUUUUGAAGGUAGAUUAAAUAAAUAACUACAAAUUAUAUUUA